ACACACGUCACAGGCCCUUGUUGCUAUUGGCAUUGGGCUGAGCGCGAGAUUUAAAUGUGAUAGGAAUGUUUGCAAGAGAAACAAACCAAAUGAUGCAAGAUUUUUGAAACCAAUCAUACAAUCGAUCAUAUAGAUUGGUCAAUCAUAACCAUAUGACAGACGUUUUAUUGUGCCUCAAUGCGAAAUGGAUAUCGCAACUUAUUUACAGCACUUUGAAGACAGACUGGGCUCCUACACAGGAGACGACCCUCUGGACCCGUGGGACAAGUUUGUGGAGUACCUGGAGCAGAGACUCCCUGCUGACGGAGGCGGCGGGAUGGCGCUGGUGUUUGACGCUCUGGUUCGGAGGUUUUUAAACGUUGCGCAAUAUGCCAACGACCUCAGAUACGUGAACUACUGCAUCAAAUGUGCGGCCUUCUCCCCCGACCCCGUGGCUCUGUUCAGUCACCUGUACAGCCGGGGCGUCGGCACCACCAGCGCCGCCCUGUACGUGGCUUGGGCCCGGCAGUUUGAGCAGCGAGGGAUGGAUGAGCAGGCCCAGGCCGUCUACCAGAAAGCUGUGCAGAACCGAGCCCAGCCGGCCGACGCCGUCCUCGCUGAACUCCGGCGGUUUCAAACGGGAACCCAGAGCCAGACGGCAGCACCUGCUGCGGAUCAAAGCGCGCUGCAGAACACGGACUCAAACAACCAGACGUCCUCUCGCACAGAGCCUGCAGCUCCAAACAAGGACUCGGUGGAUUGUCCUCAAGCCCCCGCUUAUAGAACCGUCACUAUGGUGUCUCGCUCUGAGACCUCGGGGAUGUUUCCCUCCGGUCGGGCCGCCGGCGCUGUGACCGUGUCACAGUACAAUAAGGAGGACCUGGUCCUGGAGGGGUCGGAGCUUUGCUUCGAGGAAGUCCGGGCGCAGAAAUACUUGCUGCAGGAGAAGAAGGAGAGGGUAAAGAAGAUUCUGCAGGACAGCGAGGAGGCCAUAAUGGGCAUCAAAAGCACCUUUGAGAAGCUGGAGACGUGUGGAGGCUUCACUGGAGAGCAGCAGCUGUCUGGAGCAGAAACCCCUGAUGCUACCCAGAAUCCCUUUGGGGGUCCCGGGCCCUCCUACUGGCCGAUCAGCCGCCGCUCUCUGGGCCUGAGAUCAGACCCCGAGCCCGCCGCCGUCCACGAGGCCGACGCCCACCACACCUCUGUCGAGUGGCCUCGACUGCAGCCCGGCUCCGUGAGCUCGGGGGUUUCCCAUCAUGCACCUCACCUGGCCGGCGGGGGCAUCCAGACCUGGAUGGCGGCGUCCCGGUCUCUCCACGGGGACGCCAGCGCUCUCUGUCGGGACGAGCUGGAGCUCAGCGCCGCGUGCCAGGACGUCGUCCAGGAGGAGAAGCUCAACGUGUCGCAGGGCGGGACAGCCAACCUGUCUCACAUCACGCCCAACACCUCGCUGGGCUUGGUUCAGGCCACGCCCUCCAGGGCGCUGCCGUCUCCCACCGUCAACACGCGCGAGGCUCUGGGUGUGAUCAUGGACAUGUUCCAGGCGUCGACGCUCCUGGAGGACCCGUCCGGCGCCGCCGCGCCGCUCCGGGCCGCCGGGCAGGACUUUGAUCCCGGUCACCAUGGCAACAGCGUCCCGGCAGCUCCGUUCAUGGUCUUUGAGGACGAGGACAGCGGCAGGGCCGCGCCCCCUGAGAAGUGUAAGCCAAUCAGAGCUCUGCUGGAGAUCCCGGCCCCCACCAGACCCAACGAGACCCUGGAGCCCCCCCCCGAUGAGAGCACCACGUGGGGCGCUCGCUACAACUCCCUCUGCUCGCUGGCAGCGUGUCCCAACACCACCAACGACUUUAACAUGCUGGCCCGGUUCGUCUCCACCCCCUCCACCCAAAAGGCCCCCUUCUCCUUCUGUGAGGGGCAGCAGGAGAACGUCUGUGGAGACGGGGAGGACGAAGCUUUCCUCAGACGGCAGCCGAAGAAACUCAGCCCCAUUCAGGAGCAGAGUCCGUCCAACGACGCGACCUUCGGUCCACCCCCCCCUUCCUCCUCCGCUGCACACGGCACCAUCGUCGGCGAGGGCCUCGCCCCCCCGCCCCACUGCGCCUCCUCAUCUAUCACCAUGGUGCAGCCCCCCCCUCCCGGCGUGCUGUCCUUCAGGGACCAGACACUGUGUCCCGUUGGCUCCUCGCCCGCCGGCUGGGACGUUUACACGAGCCCCGAGCGCCAGGGGGCGGAGCCAUUCACCGUCAUGGAGGACUCGGACAAACCCGCCAGUCCUGCGAGGGCGCGGGGGGGCGACGGCGGCGGCGUCCCCAUGAGCCCGGAGGGCUUCGUCUGGAGCCCCGAGCGGCGGGACGCCUCCCCGAGGCCCCGCCUCCAGUCACAGCUCAGUGCCGACGUGCCCAUGAGCCCGGCGGGGCUGCGAAUCGCCGUCGAGGACGAGAAGAUGGACAGCCCCGGCGCCGUGCCAAUGGACGCGGAUGGGGGGGCGGCUGCGGUCCAUCUGGUGUCGGACCCCUGGGACGAGGAGCUGAUGGCCCGUCUGAUGGCGUCGCUGACUCCGCCCCUCGACACACACCCCCACUGCGUCCGCUGGCAGUGCAAAGUCCCCAACAUCGCCCCCAAGACCACCAUCAGCAUCGGAAACGCGUCGCUGCGAGUCGACUGCGUCCUCGGGAAAGGAGCGUUCGCUACGGUUUACCAGGCGACCGACCCCGUGACCUCCGCCCGGACGGUGCUCAAGGUCCAGAAGCCAGCCAAUCCCUGGGAGUUCUACAUCACCACGCAGCUGGACGCCCGCCUGCGGCCGGACGUCCGUCACCUGUUCAGCACCAUCCGCUCCGCCCACUUCUUCCUCAACGGCAGCGUGCUGCAGGGCGAGCUCCACAGCCACGGCACCCUGCUGAACGUGGUGAACAUGUACAAGACCCUGAGCGACAAGGCCAUGCCGCCGCCCCUCAUCAUGUACUUCACUGUCUGCAUCCUGCACAUGGUGGAGCAGCUGCACGCCGUCCACAUCAUCCACGCCGACAUCAAACCCGACAACGUGCUGCUGGGGGAGAGGUUCCUCGACAACAGGUGCUUUGAGCCGGAGAGCGUGGACCACGGCCUGCACCUCAUCGACCUCGGCCAGAGCAUUGACAUGGAGCUUUUCCCAGAAGGCACUGCUUUCACCGCCAGGUGCCUGACGUCAGGCUUCCAGUGCACCGAGAUGCUCAGCGGGAAGCCCUGGAGCUACCAGACGGAUUAUUUUGGGAUAGCGGCGACCGUCUACUGCAUGCUGUUCGGGUCGUACAUGCAGGUCACCAGUGACGGCGGCGUGUGGAGGACCAACGGCGUCUUUAGGAGGAAGCCCCACGCCGACCUGUGGCAGGACUUCUUCCACGCCCUGCUCAACGUGCCACAUGGCGCCCCCCCGCUGAGCCUGGGGGGCCUCCGGCGCUCGCUGGCCUCGACGCUGCAGGAGAACUACGGCGCCAAGCUGCCGGCGCUCAAGAGCCGCCUGAUGGUUCUUCUUCUGGAGAACCGCAAGGCGGCGAAGAGAUGAGCGGGAGGCGGGGCUUAAAAAACAUCAGUCAAUUAAAAAACAUGUAAUUAUGAUUCACUUUCUCUUUUUUACCUGCUUUCAGAUGUCUGAAUGAGACGUGCUGCUUUAUUAAAGUUAUCUGAUCUGCACGUUCUUUGGUUCUUUUAUUACUCAGAAAGUAUUUUAUUCCAUGUUCUAAUUUUUGUGUUUUAAUCGAUUACAUCAGUUAUUAUUUGCUGCUUUCUAUGAAAAGAAAAGCAAGCCGUUCAUUUCAUGUUGUUGCUUCUGGUCAAAUUAAAGUCGUUCUGGACGUGGCCACCAGGGGGCGUCACGCUAACUUUAAUCUCAGAGUCCUGAGAGGUUUAGCUUGUUUACCCAGCAUGCCUCAGGGCGUGUCCCCCUGCAGAUGUCUCUACCUGUUCAGACCUGUAGCUCCGCCCACUUGUCCCUCACAGCCGAAAGAUCCGGCUUCCAAAACAAGGAGCAGCAGACCAAUGUAACCUUUAAGGGGGGGGGGUGUAGACUGCACCUUUGAAUCUGCCCCUCCCUCCUCCGUGCUGCCUUCAAGUUCUGUUGGAACUGUCUAAACUGGCCUCAGAUCAGUGAAACCUUCACAAUAACUUUUAGCUGCAUUAACAAAUGAGCAAAAGGAAAGAAAUGUUGAGCGUGAUAAAUGAGCAAUAAACAUGAAAAUAUUAAACAAAUGUAUUAUUAAAUAUUCUUACCUGAUGUGGUUCUUUCUGUGUGACAUUACAUGUUCACCCUAUUUUCAUUUAUUCAUAAUUUAUUCAGUUUUAAAAUAAACUU